CACCAUGUCUGGAAUGGAACUAACUACCAAUUAUCCUCCUUCCAAGUUCCAAGCAGAUAAUGACUUGACAAAUACAAAUGUUAUUGGAAAAUAUAAACAUGCUGCUGAUGUUGUUAAUUCCAUUCUUCCUGAACUUGUUAGUCGAGUCUCUCCUGGUGUAUCUAUCUGCGACCUUUGUCAAUAUGGUGAUGAUCUUAUUGAAGCCAUGACUUUGACUGAAUAUAAGAAUGCUGAACGUGGUAUUGCUUUUCCUACUUGUAUUUCUGUCAAUAAUCUUAUUCAACAUGUAUCUCCUCUUUUGGAUAACGAUUAUCUUUUGAAGGCUGGUGAUGUUGUGAAAAUUGAAUUGGGUGCCCAUAUGGAUGGUUAUAUUGCCACUGCUGCUCAUACAACUGUGGUAUCACUUGAUCUUAGUCAACCUAUUACUGGUCCUGCUGCUGAUGUGAUCUGUGCUACUUAUUAUGCUUGUGAAGCUGCUAUCCGCAUGAUGAAACCUGGUGUCAAAGCGUCUGAAAUUACUAGAACGAUCAGUGAAAUUGCAGCCUACUUCCGAUGCAAACCUGUCGAAAACACUUAUUCCUCAACCAUCAAACGAUUUGUGCUUCGCGGUGGUAACGAUAUUGAAAAUGGUUUCCCUGAAGAUAUGAUUGUACAAGAUUUAGAAAAGUAUGAUUUUGAAAUCCAAGCAAAUCAAGGAUAUCAAGUGAAUGUGAUUUUGACAACAGGUGACGGCAAGACUAAACAAUCAGAAUACAAACCAUUCGUUUACCAACGUGAUGUCAACAAAUCAUAUCAACUCAAAAUGAAGGCAGCCCGUGCAGCAUUUAAUGAAAUCAACGAGAAACAUACCGUCUUUCCUUUUGCCACUCGUGCUAUGUCCAAUAGUCAAACUCGAUUGGGUCUUGCCUCUUUAUUGAAUCAUGAACUUGUUACUUCUCUUCCCGUAUUACGAUCCAGUUUGACAAGCGAUAAGGUAGCUCAAUUCAAAUCCACUGUCUUGGUCACUCCUACUGAAGCCUUACGCCUUACUUUGUCAACCAAAUUGCCUUUUGUUCAUUCUCAAUAUUGCAUACCCGAACCUACCAAUGCUGCUCAAAUUCUUCAUUCUGGUUCUAUCAAUCAAGUUAAGGCUUCUAGAGGUUUGCCUCAAUUGGAUGUUACUUUUGGAGAAAGACGCAUCGAGACUGAAGACACUAACAUGGAUAUGGACAUGGAAUAGUUCUUUUUAGCAUCAACUUUCUUUUUUUUUUAUCAUCAUCCUUUUAUUAUUAGCAUUACAUAGAAACAAUUCAUUGAUGUAUUUUUUUUUUAUUAUUAUU